CAGAUUUUCUUUCUCUAGAUCUGGAUCAAUGACUGACCACUUCUUCAAAACCACUUGGCUGAGCUGAGUGGCACUAGGCUUUUUUUUUUUAUCUACACCAAGCAGUUAUUACGUCUAAGGAAAGUAGAUAGCAUCUUAACAAAAACUCCCAAAAGUGAAAGAGGUGGAGAGUGAGAGAAAAAGAGAGAAAGAGAGAGACACAGAUAGAGAGAGAGCUACAGUACUACAGGAUAUUUUGUCACUAUGGUUACUGGCAGCCGAUAUUAAUCUUGAUUUCUGAAUGUCAAACUGUUUUCACACCAGCGUGAGACUGCUGUGCUGUUGGGCAACUAAUUGGAGCUGAACAGCGUUGGACAAAUAUCCAGUGGAUCCAUGUGAUUUCAGUGAAUCUGUAGAGGAGCAUUUUCCAUCUGUGAGCUACCAGUUCCUGAAUCAUCCAUUCUGGUUCUGCAUCUGCAUCUGCGCCAACAGACAUGGCUGUCUUAGCCAACAACAUCACGUGCAACACCCUGUAUGACCAUAAAAAUUAUGCUCGGGUCCUCAUGCCUCUUUUUUAUUGUGUUGUUUUCAUUGUUGGGUUGUUGGGCAAUGGCCUAGCCCUCUACGUCAUCCGUAUAAACCUGAAGAAGAUGAACUCCACAACUUUAUACUCCCUAAACCUCGUCAUCUCUGACAUCCUCUUCACUCUCUCCUUGCCUCUGAGGAUCAUCUAUUACGCUCAGGGCUUCCACUGGUCUCUUGGUGAGGCCCUCUGUAAGAUCUCAGGCUUUGUGUUCUACAUCAACACCUACGCCGGGGUCAACUUCAUGACCUGCCUCAGUGUGGACCGCUUCAUCGCUGUGGUCUUGCCUCUGCGCUUUGCCAAAUUCAGGAAAGUCAGUAAUGUGCGCUACAUCUGCAUUGGUGUGUGGAUGUUGGUUCUAGCGCAGACCCUCCCCCUCCUUGGAAUGGAAAUGACCAAUAUGGAACCUCAGAAUUUUACCACUUGUAUGGAAUACCCUAACUUUGAAAAGGUGGAUGGUAUUGCUACCAUCCUGAUUGGUGCAGUCUUUCUAGGUUUUAUCAUCCCCGUGAUCACCAUACUGGUCUGUUACUCCUUCUUAAGCACCAAGCUGCACCUCACAGCCAAGAAAAAUCACCUGACAGAAAAGUCUGGCCGCAGUCGCAAGGCCAUUGGCGUGAUCUGCUGCGUGUCUGCAGUGUUUGUGAUCUGCUACAGUCCGUACCACAUCAACAUCCUGCAAUACAUGAUCCGCAAGCUGAUAUCAGAUCCUGGCUGUGUGGAACUCACGGCCUUUCAGAUUUCACUUCACAUCACGGUCUGUCUAAUGAAUUUCAACUCCUGCUUGGAUCCAUUCAUUUACUUUUUCGCCUGUAAAGGAUACAAAAGGAAACUCCUGAAGUUGCUCAAGAGGCAAGUCAGCAUAUCUUUCUCCAGUGCAGUCAGGACGUCACCUGAAGGCUCUUCCAAGGACUUCAUUGAUGGAAACAAGAUUCAUCUGAACAGCGAGAGAAACAGCAACAUGGAAAGGAGAUCACAUGAGAAUGAUCAAAGUAAGGAAGUGAGGCAAAAUGACAGAACUUAUAAAUCUGAAAGAAGCUCUUUUCUCAUGAACAGUUCCUGAUCUAAACUAAAGAUGGACAACAUGAGGCCAGAUCUGAACAAAAUGAGGUUAAGCACAUUUUUCUGUAUUUUGUUUCAACAAGUUAAUUUAAACAUUUCAUGUGUAUCUGCAUCAUAGAAUAUGAUGGAUUAAUUAAUAACUGAGAAUGUUGCAGCUAUUUAAAAACAAGAGGUUAUCCCCUCUCCCGUUAACAACACAAUAAAAUGCAGAUGUGAUACAAUGCUAACAGGACACCGUAUCGACGAAUAUAUUUAAUUUAAAAUAAUUAUAGAUUAAAUUGAAGAUACACUGAAGCCUUGUUCUGAAUAUUUAUUAUAGCAGUAACCCACCAUAAAGUUAGACAUUAAUUUAAAAGUAAUAUUUGUAGAGCUGAAUUGAAAAAACAGGAUUUGAAACAAAAAAAAAACGGAAUCAAAG